AUGGUGCUUGUGCUUGACCCUGUGCUUGUUCUGGUCUUGGUCGGUGGUUUUUGUGCUGAUGCUUAUAUUGGUGUUGGUGCCGCUGCUCGUUGUGGUGCUGGUGCUGCUGCUGGAGAUGCUGCUGUUACUGGCGCUUGUGCCUGUCCUGGUGCCUACGCUGAUGCUGGUGCUUCUGGUGGUGCUGGUGCUGGUGGUGGUACUGGUGCUUGUGCCAGACCCGAUGCUUAUGCUGGUGCUGUUGAUUGUGCUGGUGUCUGGGUCGGUGCCUAUGCUAGUGCUGGUGUUUGUGCAGGACCAUGUGCUUGUGCUGGUGCUGGAACUGAUGCUGGUUCUUGUGCUGGUUCCGUUACUAGUGCUGGAGCUGAUGCUGUUGGUUGUUCUGGUGCUGAUGCUAGUGCUGGUUUUGGUGCUAAUGCUGUUCCUUUGCCCGGUGAUGGGGCUUGUGCUGGUGACUGUACUGGUGCUGGAGCUGGUGCUGGUGCUGGUGCUGGAGCUGGUGCUGGAGCUGGUGCUGGAGCUGAUGUUGGUGCUUGUGCUGGACCCGGUGCUUGUGCUGGUUCUGGUGCUAGUGCUACUACUGGUCCUAGUGCUGUUGCCUGUACUGGUGCUGGUGCUGGCGCUUAG